AUGGGGAAGACGCUGGUGGAGCCGAUGGUGAUUCCUCAGGUGGGGACGCCACCGGCGGAUUUGAAGGCGACUCCGGUGGCGAUGCCGCUGGUGGAGACGAUGUAUGAUCUCGCCUUACGUCGAGACAAGCCAGCAAAGCCCGCUGAUUCCAAUGGUGAUCGUACUGCCAUUGAGAAGUGGGAGAGAUCAGACAGGAUGGCCAACAUGAUCAUUAAGAACACGAUCAAUCCGGCCAUCUGUGGUGCUAUUCCUGAUAAGGACCAGGAUGGUAAUAAUCUGAGCGCCAAGGCAUACCUUGCCAAGGUGGAGGAGAACUUUAAGAGUUCUUCCAAGACUUAUGCUAGCACCCUGAUCAUGAAGAUGCUGACUUCACAGUAUGAUGGGCAAAGUGGAAUCAGGGAGCACAUUAUGAGCAUGUGUGACAUGGCAAAUAAGCUGAAGACACUGGAUAUGGCUAUCUCUUAUGGUUUUCUGGUGCACUUCAUCAUGACUUCUCUGCCAGUACAGUCCUUUCAAAAUAAGCUACAACACUCAGAAGGUGACCUGGAGCAUGGCUGA